UCUCUACUCCAGUAUCUUCGUAAAAAUAAACACUUAGUAGAUAAGACAGACAUAAUACUUGACAUGGCUCUACAGAUUUGUGCUGCUAUGAAGUUUUUUGAACAGUCUGGUUUUAUACACAGAAAUUUGGCUGCUAUGAAUUGUCUGGUUGGUGAUAGGAAUAUUGUUAAAGUCGGUGGUUUUAGUUCAGCAAGAUUUGUUCCUGACGACGAAUACACAGCAUCUGAAGGUGCAGAGUUUCCUGUGAGGUGGUCAGCACCUGAAGUCAUCACUCAUGCUAGAUAUAGCAGCAAAUCUGACAUUUGGUCAUAUGGUAUUUUGUUGUGGGAGUUGUGGACUGGUGGUAAAAUUCCUUACCCAGCCUUUACUAAUCCUGAAAUAUUAGAUGGAGUUUUAAAGGGAUAUCGGUUAGAAAAGCCUAAAUUAUGUCCUUCUAAUAUUUAUGAUUUAAUGACAAGGAGUUGGGAAAAGAAUCCUUUCAAACGGCCAUCAUUUGCUGUCCUCCUUGAUUAUCUCAAAGCCAUGGUAGGAGAUGAUUAUAGUGAUGUGAUUGACUAAUCAUGCACCAUUAUACACGCAUGAACUAUUAAUUUUAGUGUCUUGCAUUUAUGUUGCCUCCUUGUGUAUGAUCUAUUGCUGUAUAUCAUGUGUUUUUUACUUUUAACGAAUAAAGACAGUGUAAAUUCUACUUUUAUUAUUGUUGAACUUAAGCUACUUAACAGUAUAUAAUUGUACAGAAAUCAGUUGUUAAGUAAGAAAUAACACUGAAAGUAGGUCAUGCAGAAAUCAAAAGAUAAUUAUCAUUAUUAUUUUUAAAAAUACCCAUAAUAGUUUUGCAGAUUAUUAACUGCUUGAC